AUGCCUCCUCACCCCGAUCCAGCCGCGCAGAAAUUCACUGCCACAAGCCACCACGAUACAUAUCCGUCCAUCUCCAAGUCCGAUCACACCGGCAGGACAGUCUUCAUCACUGGCGCAUCAAAAGGAAUUGGUCGCGCAACUGCCAUCUCAUUUGCGAGAGCCGGCGCGGCAAACAUCAUCGUCGGAGCACGUUCAAACCUCGACCAGCUCGAGAGAGAUAUCCAGGAAGCGGCGUCAUCAGCAAACCACUCAACCAGAGUGAUCAAGCUUUCGCUAGAUGUCACGUCUGAAAAAGAGGUUGAUGCCGCGUUUGAAGUUGUGAAACAGCACGUCUCAUCUAUUGACAUCCUCAUCAACAAUGCGGGAUACCUAGAAGAGUUCAAGCCAGUUGCCGAAUCGAACAGAUCAGAGUGGUGGAAAACGUGGGAAGUCAACAUAAAGGGUCUUUACCUCGUCACUCAAACCUUCCUACCUCUCGUACUGAAAAGCGAUGCCAAAACUCUCAUCAAUGUGAGUUCCAUUGGUGCACUGCGAAACCGCUUCGGAGCAUCAAGUUACCAGACUACAAAAUCGGCCGUGCUUCGUAUAACGGAGUUUUUGGACCUGGAGUAUAAGGACCAAGGGCUUCUUGCGUUUGCCAUUCAUCCAGGAGGCGUGCCUACUGAGUUGGCGCUGGGGAUGCCCAAAGAUUCGCAUGGGGUGCUUAUUGAUACGCCUGAGUUGGCGGCGGAUACGGUUAGUUGGUUGACGCAGGAGAGGAGGGAAUGGAUUGCGGGGAGGUAUGUGAGUGUGUGCUGGGAUAUGAAUGAGUUUGUGGGAAAGAAGGAUGAGAUUGUUGAGGGGGAUAAGCUGAAGAUGAGAAUUGUCAUUUAA